UUCCAGCGACAUCAAACAACACAUACGCUACGCUGCUUCUCCUCCUCCAGCAAAUCAGCCUCUCACACUCACAGUCGUACUCCCAACUCCGGCGUUCUCCCUCCGGCGGCGCUGCCUCUACUCCGGCAAGUCGGCGCUGCCGAAACAUCAGCCGUUCAACGGCUCCUUCUUCCUCCGGCAAAUCAGUCAUCUUUUGAAGCAAACUAUAGAAUCAUGGGAAAGAAAGGAUUGAGCAAGAAGGGGCCUGCUGCAACUUCUGGGCCUCAAAUGUCGGUUACAAUAAGAGAAGCUUCAACUGGGAAGAAACACACCAAUGCCAAGUCAUCUUUGAAGUUGCAACAUAUCAAGAACCUUGCAGUGUGGGCCAGUCGUGAUGGUGCCAUACCUUCAUUGGGUGCCUUUUUUGGUUACCAUUUGGCCGCUUCUUCUGAGGCAUUUGGGGCACCGGUUGAUCCUUCCUUGUUUACUUGUCAAAGAUGUGAAUCUAUACUUCAUCCUGGCCACAAUUGCACCAUCCGAAUCGAGAAAAACAAGAAAAAUGCUCGACGUAAAAGCAAGAAGAAUACUCCUCGUCCUCAAAACAACGUUGUAUACACUUGCCAUUUUUGUUCACAUAGAAAUAUGAAAAGAGGCACCCCAAAAAAUAUAAGUCAACUAAAGGUCAAACCACAUCCAAAGUCAACCAAUCAAAAAGCCGGUAACAUAGUCUCUUCUUCUGAUACGAGUAAAGAUAACAUUGUUGCAAACACUAAAGUGGCUCCACUGGGGCCCACAAAAGACGAACAACCUCACAGGGACAAAAUGGUAAUUGUGGAGAAAAAUGAAUCAUCGAAGGCCGAAGACGACUCUGUUGAUAAAAACACGUUUGCUUGCGGCAAAACGGGUCUUUUAGAGAUCACAGAUACGUUGGAGGUUAAAAACGGAUCUGAUGCAUCGGGUCCCGCUAACCCAUUGACCAGGCCGACAUUUACUUUGCUGGAUUCAAAGAUGAAGAAGAAGAAUCGGUCAGGUUCUAAGAAAAAAGUGGCAAUCGAAAGUACGACUCCAAAUGUAGAAAAGUCGUCUAAUAGAAAGAGAAGAAAAACUUGGACUAGUUAUAAGGAGCUUGCUGACGACAACGACAAGAGAAGGAAGUUAUUCAGUUAAUGAACUUAAUAGUCCCAUUCUCUAUGCAGUGAAGUGUGUUGAGGCUUAGUUGAUUAUGUGGUAGACAUGUUGGACAAAUUCGUGGUCGUAAAAUGGCGGUUCAGGCAGGGUGCAUUUUAUUGGCAAAUUCUGAGAUAUUUUUGGUCAGGGUUAAAACGGGUCGCCUGAAAGUGAAGUUUUCGAGUAAUAUUUUUUUAUAUAAAAACCGUAUUAUAGUUUAAUUAUUUGAGUUAAAUGAUAUGCUAGGUUGUUCAUUCAAAAUUAUAACUAUGCGAUUUUGGAAUUAUAACUUCAGUCUAAAUGAACUCAUUUUGUUUAA